AUGGCAGCCAAGAGCGGUGGUAUCGUCGACUGGAGUUCCGUGAUUAAACCGAUUUUGUCAGCUUCUUGUGGAUCUUUUAACAAAAACGAUGUUAUCGAACUAGUCAAGGCAGUAAUACGAAGCGAGACAGAGUUAGAAUCACAUGAUGAAGAAUAUGUAGCAUUUUAUACGUCAUUUGCUGCUUUGACAGCAGAUUAUAUUGGUUCCUGUGCAAAUACCUUCUCUAAAAGCCAAAUACCUACUGUUUGGCAAGCAUGUUCCAUAUUAUUAAAAUAUUUGAUUGGCAAGCUGCCUCAACAAAAUUCACAAUCAGGAGAAAGCAAUGCUCCAACAAUUCUAACCACAAAACAAUUGUUAUUACCAAUCAGAGCACUAUGCGUGGGACAAGCGUUGCUUGCAAAGUCAGAAGAAGUUGCACUGAUUGCAAUUAUGAAGAAUGCAAAACUGCCUCAAAGCGUAAAAAAUUCACCAACAAGUGGAGAAAAAGAAAGCACACCACAACCAAUAAAAGAGACAAAACGUGCUCGCAGCGAUCUGUCAACGAGUAUCCUGGAACAGCUGACCAUGCCUUUGCAAGAUUUUGCCAUUCCAAGUGACAAUGUGCUUGACACAACAAAUAAAACUAAUUCAGAGGCUGCAAAUAGCGAGCAAGGAACGGACACUAGAAUGAUGUUCAUUGCAAAUAAUAUAAACACGCUGCAAAGUAUGGGUGCAGGUGACAUGCUUUUGAACAUGUGUUCCAAUUUGCCACACUUGUCGCGCUUUGCCCGAAAAUAUCAAGCAUAUUUGAACAGGAAAAGCUUUUGUCUGCCUGCAAAUCAGUCCGAAGCUCACACAAUUCGCCACAGUCUUCAUUCAGUCGUCAACGACAUCAAUAUUGUACAUAGCGUUGUUUCAUUGCCAAUUCUCGAACCGUUGACGCCAGCUAAAUUAGAGAAAUUAUCACUUCUCACUAUGUCAUGUCUCUACUGCUCGAUCGCAAACGCUACAGCGUCAAGUAUUGUUGGGAUUACAAAUGCUAUCUCACCAAAAUGUAGUUCGAAUUCAAAUGCAAAUCAACAGAGUGGCCAAAGUACCAAAAGUACAGAAGAAGAAUAUGAUUCUUUGGCUAUCACAGUUGUGGAAAGAAGUUUAGAAAUUUUCACCCUAGUCUCGAAUAUUAUUAAAAAUAGCACACGAGCUGGUGGACACAUACUGCAAAAUCACUUGUUAAUGGGAGUUUGGCUCCUUGUCGCUGGCUUACAAGCUCAGCUUUCAGUAAGCAGCUUCAGUAUAGCUGAUAAAAGUAAAGAGGAAAAGGGUAAAUCGCCUAGUAAAGUACGUGAUGGUAGUGGUAGAAUAAAUUUAAUGAAAGUGCAACAAGGUUUUGGUGUUUUAUCAGUAGCCCUAGCAUCGCACGCUCUAACGUUGAUGGGUGCUCUUCUGGAAGAUGUCAAUGUUGAGGCUGGUAUAGAGCAAGCUCAACCACCCGAAUUGGCUCCUUUGGAGAUUUUAGCUACUGCUACAGCUUUGGAAAGAGUGGCAACUUUUUUUCAAGCUGCACCUCUAAAUCACCUGUUAUUUUACUUAGCCACCAUAAGCUACCGGAAAGCGUGCACGCUCAAGAGAGUGCAAAAGCAUCCUCUUGAAGGUGAUGCAUUGAGCCAGUCUGACUCUACCACUUAUUAUGAAGAUCUUUACAGCUGUUCUGAAAGUUCGACUGAUCAAGAGGAAGACAGUGAGCCUAUUUUAGGACUCUGGUUUGAAGAAACUUUAGAUUCAUCUGAUGGUGCACAAACUAACACCACAAAAGAAGUCAAUGAGGAAGUCAGUACUGAACGGAGUGCAACAGUUGUUCCUGACAACAAGGAGCCCCAUGGGUACAUUUCUUUGGCAACCCAAAUUUUCCAAUUCAUGAAUCAGUAUUUGAUCGGAAGUAGAAGUGCUUAUGUGAGAGAUUACGUAGUCAAUGGAUUGGUAGAGCAACAAAUGGUGAUAUUAGCUGCGAUAAUAAGAGACUUGGAUUAUGAAACAGCUCACACAGAAACGGGUACUAUCUCCGUUUUUUAUGGUGCCACGUUGGGUGCGAUGUAUUUUGAAUUUUCCCAAGCUUUAAGUCGGUUCACACACAACCUGCUAGCGCGAAAUACUUUAAGCGAAACUCUUCAGAAUACUUUACUUCACCACUUGGGAGUUAGUCCAUGGUCCACGGAAAACGCUAGCUCUUCUUCAUGGCCAUUGCAAGUUUAUCCUAGAACUCUUAGUGUUCUUGCUCAGAUACUCUUGUUAAAACCACAGUUGGAAAAGGAAACUGCUUGCAUUAGUAUUUGGCAACGAUUAAUUACAACAAUAGUCGAAAACGUUUGUAAUCCUCCAACGACUUUCGAAACUAAUAACGAAGAUUUCAACGUAGAACAUGCUCAACUUGUUUUAUUUCUCUUUCACUCAUUGAACUUGAUGCAAAAGAAGUCAGUUCUCCUUCUGACUGGUGGCGGCACAGUUAGAUGUAGCGAAGCAAUCAAAAGUCCUAUGAAAGACUCGCAAAUAUUACAUCUGUCGCGAUUAUUGCUUUUGCUGGAGUACAUGAUGAAACAUUUGUACGAUGCUCCUUCAAGUUUACUAGAGCAAGUUCAAUGGAAUCUGUUUUCUGCUACUAGUCUUAUUUCCGAUACUAAGGAAGGAAAUAAACAAGCAUCGAGAAUAUAUACAUCGUGGAAGGAAAUCGAAGAUAAUUAUCGCAAGUAUGGGCCACAAGACGAAUUUUCCAUGAAACCACGGUUCUAUAAUCUUACAGCUUAUGACUUUAACAAUCAGGAUACACCCAAAUUAGACGGAUUGGCUUGUAACUUUAUUUUGGGAACACCAGACAAGUUGAAAUAUCCGUUAUUAGUUGAAGCUCUUAUUGAUGUUUUAAAUAUAUUGAAUCAAACUAGUUUACCAAGAAAAGAUAAGUUAAGCUUUACCGGUUUAUGUGCAACUCAAUACUGUUUUUCUAUUUGUUGGAGAUUGCUGCUUUUGUUGCCACCAUCAACUCCUUAUGUGGAUAAGCUAGCUUUGGGCGAAGAAAUUCCUGCAGGUCCCCUACUACUUCAUUCUUUGAUAUGGGGACCUCGAACGGCAUAUAAAUCAUUUGCUGGUUGGAUGAAGGAUUGCUUAGUUAAACAAGGAAUGUACACUCAGUACGCUGAAAAUUUAUUGAAGACCGUUUCCUCUACCGUCGAUUCGCUAAAAUAUGACAUAGCUAUUGCCAAGAACUGUAUUAAAUCAUUGAAACCAGAAGUUAACACAAGUGACAAAAUGAUACCUAAAUCGUCAUUGCCAAAAUUGAGUUCGCUUUGCAUUUUGUCCGCAGUUAUCGGCAAACUACAAGUUUUGUUGGACGACAACAUCGAAGCUUCCAAAAUUCAGCAAACAGCAGAUUCUUCUACAAUUGUUCACAAACAAGUUGUCGAAACACUGCCGCACAUUUUGUCAUUGACCGACGCGAUCUUAUCGUCAUGCCGAUCUAACAUUUUAUAUCAAAUUCAAGAAACUGCGGAGGGCAGUAAAAAGUACACUUUGAGAGAUUUCCUCGUGUUUGACGAAGUUAUUUGUAUGAGUGGUGCGAAUUGGGCAAGCGAAGCUGGGUUGAUUAGUAUGCUACCAAACAACGUACGAUCUGUGCUUGAUAAAUGGAAAGCCAUAAACGUUGCUCAAGUUCCAUGGAAUACGUAUGCUAAUGAUAUUAUUCCGGCCGAGAGUUAUAUUUUGGCUACAAUGAACCAUCACAUUAGCUCAUUGUCGGAAGCUGCAUCGUUUUCCAUCAAUUCGUCUCUCAAGAAUUUGUUGCAUUCCUUAGUCACGUUUAUCAUGGAAUACAUAAACAUUGCAUCGGCACAAGAAAAUUCCGACAUUCGAAAUUACGCCACAGAUAUUCUGAUUGCUCUAACGAUGGACAUGAGAACGGAAUACUUCCAUGAAAUGGCAUCAAAGACUCUGAAUAUUUUGAUUGGUGAACCGGAAAGCGAAUCACGGCAAAUUAGAGAGCAUUUAUUCGUGCUUAACCACACGUACAAUUUAAUUGUCGACUACACUAGUAACUCAGAAGAUGCGAUCAACAUAUCGAUCGACGGAAAGAUUUUAAAACACUGCAUUAAAUAUUGGGAACAGCUUUUAGAAAAACCAGUAGGCUGCAAAGCCUUGGACCAAUUCUUUGCACCAAGUACAAAUAGAACUCUUAUUUCUGUCCUUUUAUCAGUCGCAUCCCCACAGUCAUCACAACAGUUCAGUAACUACGUUUUGCAUUUCUUCAAUAAACUUUUUAAAGCGGCCGAAAAAGAUAACGAGGGAAAUCUUGAGGCACUUUGUAGAUCUGUGUCUAAUCUCGCUAAAGUUGAGAACGAAAAACUUCAAUCCUGGUUGGCACACGUUAUUCUCGGUUCCGCAAGCUUGUCACCCAGCUCUUCAACGGCCAACGUGCCAACUCCGACGACUUUGUCGGUACCUACAGCAUCUGUUGUUACCAAUGCAGAAGAAGCACCAAAGAACGAUACCUCAAACAAUGUACCAAACAACGAACAAACGACAAGUCAGCCGCAGGUGCCGUUAACAACGGAUACUACACCAUCUAAUAAUCAGAUAUCAAUAUCCAACGAUGAACAGCAAUCUUUGCAAGAAAAUAAUCAGUUACUUCGGGCUCUUACUAAUUACAUAGUGAAAGAAAACAGUAAUAUCAGUGAUGGGGUAUCUGUGACCAUUCUUCAAGCAGUUAUACCUAUAGCUUAUCGCAUUUUAUCUACCACACCGGAGGGAGUAAGCUUUGCAGAAUUAAUGCAAGUGAUGUCAACAUUGGCUGACGCGGGUAAUGACAAGGGCCACGUUAUACUUUUUCAAUCUGCUACUGAGUGGAUAGAAUUAUGCAAACAACACCUGCUGAGCAAAGAUCCAAAGAAUCUCGACAAGUCAUCGUCAUCGUUCAUCGAGGCAGGCUGCUGUAUAUUGAGUUACAUAGCAGACAUUGUAAAAGCCGUAUGUCCGCAGAAGCUAUUAGCCGUACAGGAUCGGGCGACUAGUCCACCCUGGGAAGGUGCCCAGCCGAUGAAUGACAUUACUGACAGCGACUGGAUUGAUGAUAUUGCGCACGACGAGGAUGAUAGUGGUGCUGAGGACUCAGACGAGGACAGCCUCUGCAACAAAUUGUGCACCUUUACAACAACUCAAAAGGAAUUCAUGAACCAGCAUUGGUAUCACUGUCAUACUUGUAAUAUGGUUGACGGCGUGGGCGUGUGUUCGGUCUGUGCCAAGGUCUGCCACCGAGGCCACGACGUCAGCUAUGCCAAGUAUGGUAAUUUCUUCUGUGAUUGUGGGGCCAAAGAGGAUGUCUCGUGCCAGGCUCUGUCAAAAAGAAGCCCCCAGAGUUCUGAGCACCCAAUCAACAAUGGUGCGUCGUAUCACAAUAAUUCCGGAAUAACGGAUAGCAAUAUGUUGUUGCCGAGUAGUCUGAGACGUAGAGUCUCCAGUCCUGUUCACUUCAACGAAAAGCACGAUAAAAACAGCAAGGACAAGCAAAAGCAGCUAGCUCUUGCCAAACAAUUGGAAAGCUCCAAGGACUGGAUACUGUCGAAGUUAUGGGGUAGUGGUCUUGUAUCAUCGUUAGUACAAUUGUCACGUGCCUUAAUACCAGCAGUCGAGCUUUCAUGCCAAAAGUUCUCGCCAGUUGGAUGUCAUGCAAGAGCACAAGCGGCUCUGGCGGAAUUGUUCUACUCACAAAAGAAGUUUGAGCACACGGAUCAACUUAUGCUACCCACGUUGGGCUCACAAGAGGGAGCCUUCGAGAAUGUCAGAAUGAACUACUCUGGAGACCAAGGCCAGACUAUACGGCAGCUUCUAUCGGCUCACAUGAUUAGACGCGUGGCAAUGUGUUGUUUAUCUUCUCCGCAUGGCAAACGGCAGCAUCUUGCUGUGUCACACGAGAAAGGCAAAAUUACCGUACUUCAGUUGAGUGCUCUUUUAAAGCAAGCUGAUUCGUCAAAACGAAAGCUUACUUUAACGAGACUCGCGACGGCUCCGAUUCCGUUCACGGUUCUCUCCAUGAUGGGCAAUCAGUGGAACGAAGACUUUCUCGCUGUUUGCGGCUUAAAAGAUUGCCACGUAUUGACAUUCAACAGUUUGGGAUCCGUCUCGGACCAUUUGGUGUUGCACCCCCAAUUGGAGACCGGUAACUUUAUCAUCAAGGCAAUUUGGCUCCCGGGAUCACAGACCCAGUUGGCCCUCGUCACUGCUGACUUUGUUAAGAUAUACGACCUGAGCAAAGACGCGUUGAGUCCGCAGUAUUACUUCCUCGUUCCGACAGGCAAAAUUAGAGACUGCACGUUCAUUCAUACUGAAAAUGAUGAGUUUCAUAUGUUGCUCAUGUCGUCAGCUGGUUACAUUUAUAGCCAAGCCAUGGACGAGGAAAGUCUGGCUAAACAUGGACCAUUUUAUGUUACCCUCACUCUCGAAGUCUUCCACCCAGAGAUCAAAGAUAAUGGCCAAGUCUGCGGUGGUGGGGUUUCGAUAUAUUACUCGCACGCACUGCAACUGCUGUUUUUUAGUUACGCAAGUGGCAAGAGUUUCGUCGCUCCCAUGAAGAAUAUCGACGUCAUCGAACUAGUGAGCAUGAUCAGUGUUUCCAAUAAAGCUAAUGGUUGCUCGGGCGGUAACAAGUCGAAUAACAGUCAGCCACAGCCAUUGUGCCAGUGGAGCGAGGUAGCCAAUCAUCCGGGACUAGUUUGUUCCGUACUUCAGACCAGCAACAACCCCGUUAUUCUGAUGAUCAAACCUGGAGCGAUUCUUAUUCAAGAGAUCAAAGUAACACCAGCUAAAGCCAAGAUCAUGGACAUGGUAGCGAUACGGCAUCCGAGUUCAAACGCCGAGUACCGCACAACUCUCAUACUACUUUGCGAAGACGGUAGUUUGAGGAUAUACAUGGCUGCAAUGGAACAGACUGGAUUUUGGAUGUCGUCUAGCGUACAGCCCAUAGGCUUGACUUCAAGCAUGAAACAAACGAAAAAGAAAAAAGCCCUGAAGACGAGCAAGCCCUCGAGCUCGGUUAACUUUCCCAUAGACUUUUUCGAGCAGUGUCAAGCAAUGAACGAUGUCGAAUUCGGUGGCAACGAUGUACUUCAAGUGUACAAUGUGUCGCAAAUAAAGCAUCGCUUAAACACUACCGGCAUGUACGUAGUUUCGACUAAGGCGAUGGGUUUCGUGAUUGAGAUCACAAACAACGAUGCCACCUUGGUCAUGACUGGAAUCAGAGUGCAGGUGGGCUCACAGGACGUGCAACGGGCUCCGCUCUACGUUGAAGUGUUCGGCCGAAGCGUCAGAACAACCAUGACGCGUAGUCGGUGGUUCGAUAUACCUUUGACGAGAGAGGAAAGCUUACAGGCUGACAAAAAGCUUACUGUUACCUUUGGCCCUUCGCAAGAUCCCGAGGGUAUCAUAAUGGUUGAUUCGAUAAAAGUUUAUGGAAAGACAAAAGAUACGUUUGGAUGGCCGGAGGAGUCAGAAGAAAUUCCUGGGGGUCAAAUAACACCCGCCCAACCAACGUCCGGUACUGCAACGAGCAACGACGCGGAAAAUUCGACGGUUUCACCCACACCUUUGAACUCUAUUGACAAACCAACUAAGGAUGAGUCAAUUAAAAUCGAAAGAAUGGUUUCCAGUAUUCUUGAAGUAUUAGAAUCGUCAUUCACUUUAUCAAAUGAUGAGACAAAAGCAGCCCUCAAACAGACUGCCGUCGAAGUUGCUUCUAACAUACUUAUCCUUCCAACACCGCCGACAGUACAAGUUCACACAACUGCCCUCUUAGCUGCUUUGCACAGUUCAAAAUCAGCAUAUCAUUCCCUAAAGGACCAAGUUUUGUUGACCCAUGCCCUUAGUACAUUAAAAACUAUGCGCAACUUGGAUGAUCCUAAUGACAUUGAUGCAGAAAACUUUUAUCGAUUAGUCUUGAUCGUCAGAAGCAUAGCAGUAAGCCGACCACAAAACUUGUACAAAUUUGCUGAGCAGCAUUCAACCAAAGUUAUUGAUGAAAAUUCAAUUCCAAUCUUUGAUCAAGAAAAAUCAGACAAAAGCAAAGCUCCUGCCGAUAAUACUGAGCCGCAUUUGAUGCUUCAAAUCAUGGAUGUGUUAUGGUUGUUGCACGCUGCUUAUCCAAAUAACUUGGCAUUGGCACCUGUAGUUGUUCCUGGUCUCACUCACACCGAAGCUGUUAUUCACGCAAUCAUCGAGAUCAUUCACGCUUUUACUAUUUGCGAUGUGGAUGGCUUCACUCCACUCGCGGCCAAACUGUACUUGCAACUUUUGCUCAGCUCUGAUGCGACAAUCAGUUUUACCACUAAACAAGCUAUUAUCAAAGUACUUCGACCUCGAUUUAAGAGACGCAAAGUGUACAUACCAAGUCCACCACAUUACAGUUCCUCGAUAACAACAGUCGAAGUUGAAGAGAAUCCUGCACCUAUAGUGCCACCACCACCGCCACCUCAACCAGCUGAGUCCGUCGAGGGAGAUGAGCAACUUGACGUGGAUAACGUAGUAUCAUUGCUGCUGGGUGCAGAGGGUGGUAACCAGGCAGCUGGUGGUGCAGCGGCCCGUAAUCCUCUUGAAGCACUUCUCGGCCCAGGUGCUUUUCCUCAGCUCCUUGACAUGCCCCAUCCCGAGGAUGACGAUGCCAUGGUUGAGUUUGCCAUAGCCCUUAGUCUUCAGGAUCAAGAGGGUGGUGCCCAGAUACAGGCACUCCAGGGAUUACAACAAGGCUUUGCAAAUCUAUCUGGACUAGAAGGAUUGCAGAAUUUCAGUGGACAAGCUUUGCAAAGCUUACAAGCCCUGGCUGCUCAGGGCUUAGUGCAAGCUCAUGGAGCAGCUCAAGUACAAGAGGCAGGCCAUUAUUCUGACACUACUGCUUCAGCUGGUGGCUCGGAUGACGAAGGGUCAACCGCAGCAACGGACGGAAGCACACUGAGAACGUCACCUGCAGAACAGGGUGGCAGCAAGGGUGGCAGUGAAAGUGGAGGUAGUGAAAGCGGUGGAAGUGUUGUUGAUAGUAUAAUGGGUGAACACAGUGUAUCAGGUCGCAGUUCAGCAUACGGAGAUGGUCAGGGUGAUGGUAUGUCUGCCAGUGGAAACCGAUCCAAUCAACAAGCUCGAUCUGAAAGUAGCUCAACCAGUGCACCGACCACGUUCGCGGGUACUGGACAAGAUGGAAACACCGAACAAGAACAAGGAAUCGAGCAAGAGAACGAAAUUGCCGGGGAGAUAACGAAAAAUUUGCACGACGUGCGACUUCUUCUACUAGAUAGACUGAUGCAGUUCAUUCCCAGUCUGUCUGUUGUUCCUGGAGUUCGUGCCAUUCCUUUCAUGCAGGUCAUUCUAAUGUUGACGUCUGAUCUUGAUAGCCAGGACGAAAGGGACAGAAUAUGUUUCGCCGAGUUGCUUGACUUGUUUGUCAAAGAACUCAACAUGGAAAAGCCAGAUGUGAAUGGCGUUACGGAUAGAACGAACAAGAGAGAAGUUCAUCUCGUGAUUAUGCGAUUGCUAAGCGUUUUGAUGUCACGAUCAAAGUACAAUACCAAAGGACAAUCUGAAUGUUCGAACUUCACGUCGCAAAUGACAGCUGCUACCUUAAGCAAGUCAGGGGUCAUUGAGUAUUGCUUGGCCUUACUCAAAGCAUUAUUAGAAUACUGGAAGACAGUUUCUUCUGAUGAGUCGGGAGUAGCUAUUGGAGGACAGCUGCUUAAAGAGCACCUCGCUACUUCACCUCCCGACAUGUCACCGUUCUUUUUACGGUUGUACGUUAAAGGCCACGCAAAUGACGUUUUCGAACCGUAUCCUCAAUUAUUAACGGAAAUGGCUCUAAGAUUGCCUUAUCAAGUGCACAAGUACGCUGAAACUGGUACGGUUCAACCGGCCUUUGAUCAACAGUCCUGGUACUACUAUCUUUGCGAGUACAUGAUGUCCUACCAAACGCCGUUCGUGCGUCGACAAGUCCGAAAAUUAUUAUUGUUUAUUUGCGGCAACAAAGAAAAGUACCGACAACUUCGUGAUCUCCAUGCGUUGGUUUCUCACGUAAAAGCCGUACAACAAUGCUGUAACAACGGUGGCUACGACGUCUCGCAACCUUUGCCCCAUUCGAUCAAUUUGCCCUAUGAUUCCUUGGUAGAACUGAUCGAGCAUUUAAAGUAUUGCGUCGAGAUAGCUACAAACCGAACGGGCAAUUGGCAACGAUUCUGCCUGAAAAAUAACAACGUUUUAUCGUAUUUGUUUACUGUUUCCACGUUGUUAGACGAAGGUAUCAGUCCGACUGUUCUGCAGCUGCUUCAGUGCGCAGUAUGUUCGUCAUCCAAAUCGAAAGAUGUCAAGGGCAAGGACGCAAAGUCAGCCAUCAACAGUAAAGAGAGGCGGGAACGCGAGAAAUCCGAAGAUUCCGACACCGAAGCUAAAUUCGAAGAAACUCAGUGCAUUACGUUAGUCGAGCAGGUUCAAAAGCAAGUCCCACAAGCUUUGCUCACUAAAUUCAUACAGACGUUCCUGCUAGAAACAAAUAACACGAAUAUACGUUGGCAAGCCCAUUCUCUAGUUCAAGCCAUGUACAAACAUUCCAAUGCCACCGACCAAGAGAGUCUACUUGAUCUUUUAUGGCGUUUGUGGCCAUACCUACCGAUUUACGGUCGCAAGGCUGCGCAGUUUGUCGAUCUUGUUGGCUUCUUCUCUCUCAGAACUCCUCACAGUAGUAAAAAAAUGCACUAUUACAUGGAGCAAGCCGUCGCGGUAUUGCACGCUCAGAAUCAAGUUCUCUCGCGUCAUCCCAAUGCUAAUUUGUACGCUAAUCUUGCUCAGUACGUUGAGCUCGAUGGUUAUUAUUUGGAGAGCGAGCCUUGUCUCGUGUGCAACAAUCCGGAAGUACCAAUGGCUAUAAUCAAAUUGUCCUCCAUAAAAAUGGACUCAAAAUUCACCACGACCACGCAAAUCAUCAAACUCACGAGUAGUCACAACGUCAGCCGCAUAACUUUGCGUAUAAGCGACUUGAAACGUACAAAGAUGGUUCGCGCCAUCAACGUUUACUACAACAACAGAACGGUUCAAGCCAUAGUAGAGCUCAAGAACAAACCUGCCAUGUGGCACAAGGCGAAGAGAGCAAACCUCGGGCAAGGCCAGACCGAAGUUAAAAUGGAGUUCCAGUUACCGAUCGUUGCGUGCAAUCUAAUGAUCGAGUACGCCGAUUUCUACGAAAACAUUCAGGCUUCGUCUGAGACGCUCCAGUGUCCUCGCUGUUCGGCCAGUGUGCCGGCCAACCCGGGCGUUUGCGCCAAUUGUGGUGAAAAUGUUUACCAAUGUCACAAGUGCCGUGCCAUCAAUUACGAUGAAAAGGAUCCGUUCCUGUGUCAUGCCUGUGGCUUUUGCAAGUAUGCCAAGUUUGAUUACACAUUGACAGCGAGGCCUUGUUGUGCCGUCGAUCCCAUCGAAAGCGACGAAGAUCGGAAGAAGACGGUAUUUGCUAUAAACACGCACUUGGAAAAAGCCGACAGGGUCUACAAGGCCUUGAUCACGCACAAACCAACGCUCGAGACACUUUUGCUAAAGAUUUCCGAGCACCGACUGGACCGUUCGUUGGAAGACAACGUGGUAACUCAGGCGACCGCCAGUGGAUCCAACAACCAAGUGAAUCGAGCCAUUCAACUGUUGGCCACAAAGUACUGCAGCGAUUGUAAAACGUCGUUCGAAGAGCUAAGCAAAAUCAUCCAGCGCGUGUUGGCCUGCAGGCGUGAACUAGUUGCCUACGAUCGCAAUCAACGUGGACAGAGCGUGACCCAUCGUGGCUCGAUCAUUCCCGAAGAAACUGAAAAGGAUAAGGACUCGGUGAGCAGCAAUACCGUGGCUACUCCGGUCGUCGGGCGAUGUUACGGUUGCGCUUCAGCUGCCACCGAGCAUUGUCUCACGCUACUUCGAGCUCUGGCGACAAACAGCGUUGCGCGCGAAGUGCUCUGCAAACAGGGGCUCAUCCAAGAACUGGUCGAACACAAUUUGAGGCGAGGAACUGUACAGGUGCAGGAGGAGGUCAGGCAGCUGUUGUGUCUUGUCACUCGUGACAAUACCCAAUCGACAAAAGAGCUGUGCGCGCUGCUGACAAACAGGGUCACGAUGACUCUUAGAGGUAGGGUGGUCACGUCGGAUCUGUCGACGGCAGUGAGACACGAGAUGGCUCUUCUGGGCGCUUUGAUACAGAAAGAGGAUUCGUGUUGGGAGCAAAAACUCAGAUGCGUCAUGCAGCUGUUCUUGAUGGCCUGCAAGGACUCCAAGAGCCCAGUCGUCAUGGGAAGUAUUAUUUUACCGUGCCUGAAGAUUUUGCAGAGUUUGCUCAAGCCCGAACAGCCUGCCUCGAAAAAAAACAAGGACAAAACCAUCGAGUCCUUGGCCACGGUUCAGCCUCCCGAAGGAGUCAGUAUUGACCUUGGCGAAUGGCUACGCGGCGACAACAAGCACUCUUACAACGAGUGGCUCAAGCGAAUGCCGUCAAAGAAAACGGAUGCGCAGCAGAACAAACCUCUAAAGAAGGAGGAAGCUCGAAUCCUCUAUCUCAGCGAGAAAUACGGUUAUCGCUGGUAUUAUCGUUGCGCGCACUUGCGCGGUUUACAGUCUCUCAAGCUCACCAACGGCUCGUGGCUCAAGGAGGUCAUUUUCAACCCAAGCUCGCGCCUUGCUCGCCAGGUCGUCUGCAGCAUGGUCGAAAAUCUCUGCCAGGGCACCGAACGCAAAAAAGAGGUCCUGCUUCUGCUUACAAGCUACCUGGACGAGUUGUGCGUCGCCGGCGAAAGCAGCGCCGAAUACCUGAAUCUCUAUCAAAGCCUGAUUAAGCAAGUGCCUUGGAAGCAGUUCCUCGCUGUCAGAGGUGUGCUCAACAUCCUGGCUAAUUUACUGACCAAGGAGAUCGCCGAGUUGCACAGGCUCGAGGAAACGACCCUUACGAGCGAUCUAGCGCAGGGCUACUCACUUAAAAUGCUCACGGAGCUGUUGUCGACCUUCUUGGAUCAGGAGAACAUUAAGCAACAUUACAAGGGCAGACUAGUGGGGGCAGUGCUCAAUGGUUAUCUGUCGCUGAGAAGACUGGUUGUACAGAGAACGAGACUGAUUGAUGAUACGCAAGAAAAGCUGCUCGAACUCCUUGAAGAAAUGACCACUGGUACUGAAGAAGAAACGAAAGCGUUUAUGGCGGUGUGUGUUGAAACCGUACAAAAAUACAGUCCCCAGGACGUACGAACUCCUGUAUUUAUAUUUGAAAGACUGUGCUCGAUUAUUUAUCCCGAGGAGAACGACGUAGGGGAGUUCUUUUUGACGUUGGAAAAGGAUCCGCAACAGGAGGACUUUUUACAGGGGCGUAUGUUAGGAAAUCCGUACAGUAGUUUAGAACCAGGUCUAGGGCCACUUAUGCGCGAUGUUAAAAACAAAAUUUGCCAAGACUGCGAACUAGUAGCGUUGCUAGAAGACGACAAUGGAAUGGAAUUGCUCGUAAAUAAUAAAAUCAUAAGCUUAGAUCUUCCUGUCAAAGAGGUAUACAAAAAAGUUUGGGUACAGGAAGGUGGCGAGUGCGAUGCGAUGCGUGUCGUUUACAGGAUGCGCGGUCUUCUCGGCGACGCGACUGAAGAAUUUGUUGAAACUUUAAACGCCAACAGUGAACAGGAGGUGAACAACGAAGAAGUGUACAAGAUGGCAAACGUUUUGGCGGAUUGUGGUGGAUUGCAGGUGAUGCUCGAUCGUAUUGCGGCGAUUCAAGACGUGAGCCGGGCCAGGCCAUUGCUCCAAGUAUUGUUGAAACUGUUUAGACUUUCGGUCAAAGUAAAAAAGAACCAAGAUGUCCUGAGCAGACCCGAAUUGGGAGCCGUGACUGUACUGCUCGACGUUCUGCAACGCUGUCUCGCAAGCGAUUCUGACAAUACGCAGUCGAAAGUUACCGAACAAUUGCUCGACAUCAUGGAGACAAUCUUGGCUAAUGCAGCUUCUCAGCCGUUGGAAAAAUUCGAGGAGUUCUCGCGCACCCUCGGCAGUCCCGAACACGUGAAAGCCCUACUCUCGUGUACUCAGUCAACGGCAGUGAGGCAAAGUGUAAGCGUCCUUCAACAUUUGGCGAGGGUGCUUGCGGCGCUGACCUACGGCAACCCAGAUAAAAUGGAGCUUCUCUGCAAUUACUUCAAACCUGUCCUGAAUUUCUAUAAAUUUGAUUAUGAACACACUGUGGAGGAUGAACAGAAACUCGAGCUGUUUUGUGUGUUGACUCAAGGAAUCGAAAGAAACGCGAUUGGCAAUACCUUGAAGGAUCACAUGAUCAACAUGGGUAUUGUUAAAGAAGCGUUUGAGUACAUCACGGUUCAUGCGCCUUGUGUUAAACCAACUCUUUUGAGAACAGACAGUGACGAGCUCAAGGAAUUCAUAUCGAAACCGGCAUUGAAAUACAUCUUGAGAUUCCUCACGGGCUUGGCAACGGACCACGAACCAACGCAACUUGCAGCGUCGCAAAUCACCAUCAGUAUCAUUCACAGGCUAGAACAAGUAUCGUCAAACGAACACGUGGGCUCGUUGGCCGAGAACUUGCUGGAAGCUUUGUGCACGAAUAAAAAGGUCGCUGAGCUGAUUGAGGAGGUGCGUCAACAUACACGUAACGAAAAGAAAAGGCUGGCGAUGGCUAUGCGCGAACGGCAACUUGGUGCCUUAGGCAUGCGAACAAAUGACAAGGGACAAGUGACAGCGAGCGGUGCUAUACUGCAACAAAUGGAGGAUCUUGGCGAUGAGACUGGCCUCGUUUGUGUUAUCUGCAGGGAAGGCUAUAAAUUCAAACCGAAUAUGGUUCUGGGUAUUUACACGUUUACCAAGCGUUGCAACGUAGAAGAGUUCGAAACGAAGCAACGCAAAACGAUGGGCUACACAACGGUCUCGCACUUUAACGUUGUACACGUGGACUGUCACAUGUCAGCAGUGCGACUGGCUCGAGCGCGUGAUGAGUGGGAGAGUGCCGCUUUGCAGAACGCUAACACCAAAUGCAACGGUCUAUUGCCUCUUUGGGGACCACAAGUGCCAGAAUCAGCUUUCGCGAGCUGUUUAGCUAGACACAACACUUAUCUCCAGGAGUGCACUGGACAUAGGGAUAUCUCCUACACGUCUACAGUUCACGACCUAAAGCUGUUGCUUUUACGUUUCGCGCAAGAGAAGAGCUUGCACCAUGAUGCAGGUGGAGGUGGCCCUCAGUCGAACAUUCACAUUAUUCCCUACCUCAUUCACAUGGCCCUUUACGUUAUUAAUACUACGAGAUCAGCACCUAGGGAGGAAAAGUCGCUUGUUACCUACCUAGAAUCAUCACCCAGCUCAGCCUGGCUGGAUAGCUCUUAUGAUGCCGAAGGCCCACUUUAUCAGUGUACCCUGUCCAUGUUGCUUUUAACGCCGGAACGCUGGAAGCGCUCGAAAUUGGUACACCUACGAAGACUGAUAUUGCUUGCGCACCAGCGGUUUGUUUCGCCUUCGGCAACGACCAAAACGCUGGCUGACGCCACCGUUAAAGAUUAUUCAGUUUAUAAAAGUGCACUGAUUUUCUUUGGUCUCGUUGACUGUAUCUACGCACACUUUUUCAAAAAAGUCAAUGUUUUGAGUGAUGAUCAAUGGCCAGCUGUCUUGGCUGAAUACGUUCGACAUAAUGAUGAAGCUUUGUUAAAAGCAUCGGAAAAAAUUCUUGCAGCUUACCGAGACGAGCUGCUGCCAUGUGCAAGUUUCGAUGAAUUUUGCGAUGUUUCAGGACUUCUCGAAGAAAUUCCCAACCCCUCGAUGUUUAUAACUGAUCUUUUGCAAAGUCUCGCCUAAUCAAGCAAUGGUUUUUAUUUUUUAUUUUAAAACUCGUUGAAAACUAACUGCCUUUCUUUUUUUCUUUUUUUUUUUUUUAUCAAUUUGCGUUCGUUAUAAUCAUGUGAUGAAAACCAAAAGUAUAAAUUUUGUAGCCUUGUAUAAAUUGCAAGAAUUGUUAAAAAUGUACCUUACAAAUAAAUUCAAUUAAAAAAUAACAUAAAUUCAUUACUUUUAAAAAAUAUUCAUGUUUUUGUGUACCCUCCUUUUUAUGCAUAACAAAAAAUAAAAAGGUCUUACUCCACUUGCUCUGCUGUUGAUAAAUUCCUGGACAAAUAUAUUAUUGAUCGAGCUGAUGUUUUUUUUUAUUCAUACAUUUUUCAUAUUACUACAUUGCUACAUGCUUUUUUCAUGUUGUUUUCGUAUUGUAGAGGUAUAAUAAACCUGGUUAUACAAAUGUAUAUUAUACGUGUAUUACACAAGCUUACAUAUAUAUUACACACACACACAUGUAUGAA